AUGGGCUGCGCACGUAACCGCAAGAAGCAGACACGCGAGUUUCUCGACCAGAAAUGGGACUACAUUAACCUGCGGGACUUCAGGGCCAAAGGCUGUGGCCCCGGGUUCGCAUAUGGCUAUUUGUGCUUCAUGCUGAUUAUCUCGAUCGCUGUAUACGCCGUCGACAGCUUUACUGCAGUAAACUUGCUCGCUUUCGAUCAAUGGUCGUCCAAAAUCGAACCUGCUAUUCCGUUCAAUGUCUCCAAAUGGAUUUUUUCCAUUUGCAUCCUUCUCUCGUUCGUCAACCUUGCAUUUGAAGGCGUCCGAGCCUUCCGUGUAAUGAGGCGUGGCAAUGUGGCCGAAUGUUUCCUCGACAGCUUAGCAGUUCGCUGGGAGUCAAUCCGUUUUGGAGCUCAGGGUUGGAGGCGAUUUCUCGUCUUUGCGGAACUUACAAAGAGCAAAAAAGGGUCGGAAUAUGUGGCUCUGUUCACCUACUUCAGCUUCAAGUCCUGGAUCCGCGUCAUCUUUUGCUCUGGUCCACGUCAGGUUGUAAACGCCCUGACGCUGAGAUCGGUAUACGUAGCCAAGCUAGCACCCACCGCCACAAGCGUUGACGGGGCGAUCCUGGGUUUCUUCGACAAGGUCAGGCUACUGGCUGCGGAGGAUUACCAGCAGGCCGUCAUCUUGUCAGGCAUGUGUUUCACUCUUGUCGUUUGGUUCUUUUCGGCUUUGUUUCUGUUGCUGGCAGUCCUUUUCUACGUUUUGUUUUUGUUCCAUUGGAUUCCUCGUGCCGAUGGCGGUUUGAGUGGCUACUGCGAGAGAAAAGUCAACAAGAAGCUCUUGCGCAUCGUUACGACCAAAGUCAAUAAGGCUCUUGCCAAAGGGCAAGCGGACAGGUACAGGGCGGAAUUGGAAUAUGCGAAAAGGACGGGUGAGAAGGUAUCACAUCACGAUCGAGCGGCUACACUACCGACGCUACCUGGUGUCCCGCACAAUGUGGAUGACAGCCUUCCCAGAAUGCCUACCAUGGGACAAGAUGAGAGGACGGCCGUGGUACCAGUGUAUACAUAUGGCCAUGGCUCGUCUGGGAACACCGAAUUAGGCCCGAUGGACGGCAGGCGGCCAAUGCAACGGACCGGCACUUCUACAUCGGGCUCGAGCCAUUCGUCUCGGGCUCCUCUGAUGUCUUCUGCAGCAGACGUGGGAUAUGGCCCAUCAUACUCAUCAGCCAGUGUCCUGCCGCCACGAUCCAGUCCAUCCAACUCGCAACAGAGCUUUUCUAGCGGGAGACCCGGCUACGGACAUGCGACAAUUGGUUCUGGCAUUCCUCUGCGAACCAUCACCGCCAGCCCUGCCUUGACCGAGAGCGGCUUGCCCAUGUACCCAGGUCUUGUGAGGACACAAACGAACGGCUCGACAAUGGUCAGCAAUUACGGUGCAUUACCGCCUGCGAAUCGAAGCAACACAGAUCCCACCGGUUAUGCAACAUCAUCUCGUCCAUAUCAACCAUACAAUCCCUCCCGGGGUGUUGGUGGCCGGGAGAGCCCAGCUCCAUUUUAUGGAAACAACAGUGGACAUUUGCCACAAUUUCGGAGCGUGACAACAGGGUCAAUAGUGCCCCAAAAGGCGGGAGCUCAAUACUGUCCUCCGCAAAGAGACAUGAUGUCGCUAGCGUCAAUGAGACGUUUUUCAGACGACGACAUACUGGACUAUUACCAGACGCAACCAAGUGGAUACCAUAUCGAGUCACAACAGAAUCGCGGAUACUAUUGA